UCAGCGAGUUUGUGCACGCACCCGAGAGUCCUCCUCACAAAAAAACACGACGGAAGUCACGGAACCGGCCAGAACAUUACAGACAACAUGACACAAUGACAGUAAUAUCGCCACAAGAGUCUUCUACAGCUCGCUGUUAAUCAGGAUUAAAUUAUACCCUGACGUAGACGUCACCCCAGCCAUGUCUUGCCGUGACAUUCACGCCACCAAUGCGUUUUCCUUUAUCAUUGCACUGCUGUCGGUGGGCGGUUUGACAGUCGCUACGCUCAUCCCUCAGUGGAGAACCACACGACUUCUAACCUUUAACCGCAAUGCCAAAAAUGUCACCGUGUACGAUGGCCUGUGGACCAAGUGUGUGCGGCGAGAUGGUUCAUCAGGUUGUUAUUACUUUGAUGCAGACUGGUACACUAAAGUAGACCAGCUGGACCUCAGACUGUUGCAGUUCUGUUUACCUACUGGUCUGUUGUUUUCUAGCUUGGCUCUUCUUCUCUGUCUCACUGGCAUGUGUAAAACCGCUUGCUGCUCAAAGACCCCAGAGGACAUCAAGAACAGCCGGUGCUUGGUCAACAGUUCAGGGUGCCAUCUAGUGGCUGGAAUGCUUUUUUUUCUAAGCGGGGCAAUCGCCAUGCCGCCCUCUGUCUGGUUCCUGUUCCACACACGAGAACUCAACAAACGCUAUGAUAAUCUGUUUGCGGUGGAGUUUGGGGUCUAUGUGGCCAUUGGCAGUGCUGGUGGGCUGAUCUUAGCUGCUCUGCUGAUGUUCAUGUGGUAUUGUAUGUGUAAGAAACUGCCUUCACCCUUUUGGUUGCCUCUCCCUGAGGUACCCGAAAUGACCAACAGCCUCUCAGCGCAGCCCCUCAUGACCAAUGGCCUGCCCUCUCCCGUGACCUACGUGCCUCAUAGUUUUCCUCCUGCUCUCCUGGAUGCCCCCUCUUUUGUCCCAGCAAUGGGUUACCCUCAGCCUGUAUCCACACAGCCUCUGCCACCCCAUGUCUAUAUGCCACAGAUGUCUGUGCCGGAUGGUUACGGAUCAGAAGUUGGAGCCUCACAGGCAUAUAGUUAUGCCCCCUCUCAAAGCUACGCCCCUUCACAGGGAUAUGCCCCCUCUCAAAGCUACGCCCCUUCUCAGGGAUACGCACCCUCACAGAGGUAUGCUGGGCACCGCUACUCUACACGCUCCCAUAUGUCAGGCAUUGAGAUUGACAUCCCUGUCCUUACAGAGUGACAAUGAGAAAGUAGAGUUGAGAAAGGGGUGUCCAGAGGUUUUGGUCAAGGUGGUCAAACUGGCAUUGAGUGUAUUUCUACAAAUUAGGAAUACUAAUAGGAAGGUGUAGGAAUACUUUGGUGAAUUUGUGAACGAAAUGGUGAAAUUGAAAGAAACUAUUCAGUUCAUGUAGCAUAUGCCUCUCUGUCAUAGCACUAAAAAUGUACAAGUGAAAAAUGCUGGAAAAAAAAAAGCAAUAACACAAGUGGUAUUAGAAAGUUGUGUGCCUCAUUCAUGAAACAUGAGCAGAAGGAAUUUCUGUGUAAAUCAAUCAUAAAUCUGUUUGUACAUUAAUUGUCGCAGUGUAUGCUGAUGUAAAGUACUGUUCUGACCUGUUAGUGAAUGUUUACUAAUUUUAAUUUGAUUAGUAACAAUAACAAAUAUUAGAAAGAGAUACAGCUGUAUGACUGCUUACACAUGUCUCUGUAUCUUGUAUUACUGUCAAUGCCUUGAAGUUUUGUCUUUUUGACUUUUGUCUUUUGCCAUGACCUUUUAAGGAAUUUGUAUGUUUCUUUAUUGUUCUAAUAUCUUGAUAUGUUUUCCCCUGCUGUUGUUACAGAAUUGCAUAUGUGAAGGUGACAUUCUUACUUUGACCUUUUUUGUAUUUGUUAAUGUUUUUUUGUGGAAAGAAAUUUGUAUUUUAAUUUCUGUUUUGUUAUCGGUUUUUUGUUGAAGUACAAAGUGAACUGUAUAAGAGAAAAGUUUACUAGUACCCUUAUUUUACUUAAUUUUACAAUUUUUCUUAAAUACAAAAGUUUUUUUUUUUUUUUAAACUUUAAAUGAUAGUAGAACACUUAGAUGCAUUUGUCAGGUCUUUUUAUAUAUACAGAAGAGUUUAAAUGAUUAGAAAAUAACUUUGGCUCAUUUCUCAUGCGAAUCUCUGUUUGAUGCCUUUAUUUAGCAGUUUAAUCACUGUUUUUGAGUUAUCAAAAGAACUAGAUCUACACAUUUUAUGAUAUUUAGACAUUUUUAAGAUUUAGACUUUGAAAUGAGCCUUACGUGAGCAACAAACCAUAAAUAAAAGAUAUGGCAUUGCAUUCCACUCUCUCCUUAUUUGUAGAAAUGUUUCGGUUGCUGCCUUUUAAAGGUGCCAUACCAGAGAAGUCAUUGUAAUGUAAAUGAGAGCAUUUUAAUAUACUAAUGUGUGUUUAUAUUUAUGGGUUGUGUUACACUCAUAUCAGAGAAAAACACUAAUGUCUUAAACUAUAGGUCCUUUUAUAUUGCCUAAGAAAUAUUGCACAUUGAUGAAAUUCAUUUUGCCUGUUUCUAGUGUUCUUUUGUAAAAUGUACUUAAUUCUAAUUCAGGUUUUUUUGUUUUUUUCCACAUAUCAGUAUAUAGACUACUAAUGCCUUUAAAAAUGUUUUUUAAAUAAAAGUGCAGUUUAUUGAAUAAAAUGUUCUGCUGUGA